GAGAAAGGAAACCAAAAAGAAGAGAGAGAGAGAGAGAGUCCACAUCUCCCCUUUUUUUUCUCUUUUCUGGCGCUCUCUUAACACGCCACGCCCAUGCUCCAGCCCUGACCGUGGGUCUCCCUGCUCUCUCUCUCCCUCACUACAAUAACCCGAGCCCUCUCAACUUUCAGAGGCCACCUCCUCUGUCUCUCUCUCUCUAUAGAAAGGGUGGACAUGAAGAUACAGUGCGACGUCUGCAACAAAGCAGAGGCGUCAGUGUUUUGCUGUGCGGAUGAGGCCGCCCUCUGCUCCGCCUGCGAUCAGAGAGUGCAUCACGCCAACAAACUCGCCGGCAAACACCGCCGUUUUUCUCUCCACCACCCUUGUUCCGACCAAGGCCCCCGGUGCGACGUAUGCCAGGAGAGGCGCGCCUUCCUCUUUUGCCAAGAAGACCGAGCCAUUCUAUGCAGAGAGUGCGACAUCGCCAUUCAUACUGCAAACGAUCUCACCUAUCGCCAUAACCGUUUCCUUCUCACUGGUGUCAAGCUCCAAUCAAUUGCCGCUGAUACACUGGAAAACAAAAAAGCAAAGAUGCCGGCGACUAGUUCGACGCCCCAACAAAAUUCUCCGGCUCCUCUCUCUAGCACGAGUAGCAGCAUCUCCGAGUAUCUCACCCACACGAUCCCAGGAUGGAGGGUUGAUGAUUUCCUGACAGGCGCCGGCUCUCUCUCUCCUCCUCAUAAUAACGAUGGCCUGCUCGAGACUGACGAGCUUUUGAAGCUUGUGGAGAGCGAUUUCAAUGGCGACUGCUUCUUUCCUUCUGAUGAUUUCAUUCUCCAAAUCCCUAAGCAAGGCAAAGGGUGGGGUGCAGAGAGAUUCAUGAGCUCCAUUAAUGGAGGAGAACACCAUGGAUUCACUGUUCCUCAGAUUAGUCCUCCAACCAAGAGACAGAGACUAGUUUGGCAAAUGUAAAUGAAGCUCUGGUGAUGGUCUUGUGAUGAGACCUUUUUUUUUAUGGGUUCAUCUCUUUUGGGCGAGAAAUGGUCUAGAGAACUGAAACACAGCAAUGGUAGCAGAGGUUUUUGUGCAAGAACAAUGGGAUUGUGACUUCCUCUGAUGCCCUUGUGUCCCUUCUCCUGUUAAUGUUUUAGAGAGAGAGAGAAAGCUCUUUCUGCUCUGUAAUGUCGAGAGUUAUUUUGGCUUUAAAAAGUCCAGAGAGUGAAAGAGAUCUGUCGCAGCACUCUGAAUUUGAACGGUUGUGAUCGACAUUCGUAACUCUAGAGAGUGAAAAGAUUAGGAGUCCGUUUGCUUUGACUUCUUAUUCAGGUUAACGCCACAAAAUUUCACGAUUAUGUGUUUUUUUGGGUAUUUUCGUUCGUUGCAAUGGAUUUCGGCCCUAACCCAAGUAUCUCCGUGUCUAUUCAUUCUUCUUGCUACUGUGGUUUGUAUGAUGAUUAUUAAGUGUGAAUAAUCUAUGGAAGACCA